AUGGCUGCAGAUAACGAUUAUCAGGAAGCUCUAAAAAUGUUGCGGUUACAUUUUCUCAUUGAACAAGAAAAAACGAGAGAACAACAACAACAAUUCAAUGAGAAAGAACGACAACUACUUCUUGAACUAGAAAAAAUGAGAGAAGAACGACGAAUUAUUGAACAAACAAAGGCAAAACUAGAAGACCGACGAAAAAUUGAACAAGAAAAAACGAAACUAGAAGUACGACGAAUCAUUGAACUAAAAAAUACAAAGCGAAUGAAAAUACAAAAUCAGCAUGCUUUAUCAUCAAUCAAUACAGGACAGACUUUAUUAAUCAAUCAUCGUGAUUUUUACGAUUAUUAUGUAGAUGGUAACAUUGAUUCGUUCGAUAUAAAUUUUUUAUCAAAUGAAAAUAAUUCUUUUAACGAUGAAAUAACAAAUGAUAUUGAAAAUUACUUGAAUGAUAUUUCAUUACUUUCUACAAUAUCGGAAGCAGCAACUCAAAAAGCAUUUAAUAAAUUAAUAGUUAAUUUAUUAGAAUUAUUUAAUGGUUCUGCAGCAUUGAAAUAUUUAACUACCCAUAAUUCAAGUGCUUUAGAAGGAUUUCACCCUGUUUGUUGCUUUAUAUACAAAAAUGUUAAUGUCGAUUACAAGUCAGAAUCAAACUGUUUUCAACAUUUUAUUGUUUGUCUUGGUGAAGUAAAAACGCCAGACAUUUCUAUCGACAGCAAGGAAGCAAUUGGACAAAUUUGCCAAUAUUUGAGUACUUCAUUAUAUGUACAGAAUCGUCGAAAGAUGUAUGGUUUUUCAACUAAUUUUACACAUAUAACAUUUUAUUAUGUUGAAAAGAAACCGUAUUCGACUACAUAUAAUUUUUAUAAAAGUCAAAAUUUAGAAAUGUUUAAUUAUUCGUCUCCAACAUCAUCAUCUGCAGAUGCGAUAACAAAAAUUGAACAAUCAAGCAAUAAAUAUUUGAAUAAAGAAACAUGGAAGAUAUUUGCAAAAUUUUUAACGAUGAAUGCAGACUUCUACCAAUAUACAGCAUUAACCAUAAAUCCUGUUGAUGAUUUACUUGGUGAUAGAUAUGAAAUAAGUCGAAAAUUAGGAGACGGUGCAACUUCAAUGGUUUAUUCGUUAGCAAAAACGAAAGAUAAUUAUGUGAACAAUGAUUUACAAAAUUAUGUUGUGAAAAUCUCGAAACGAAGUUCAUUCAAAGAAUUAUUUAUCAACGAAAUUAACAUAAUGAAACAGCUACAACAAUCCAAUAAUUAA